AUGCAUGAUAUCCCAGUUCAGCUUCAGCCUACUGGAAGAAAUGACGAAGAAGCAGUUGUGGAUAGAGGUGGAACACGUUCUAUUCUCAAAACACACUUUGAGAAAGAAGACUUAGAAGGUCAUCGAACAUUAUUUAUUGGAGUUCAUGUGCCCCUGGGUGGAAGAAAAAGCCAUCGUCGUCACAGGCAUCGUGGUCAUAAGCAUAGAAAAAGAGACAGAGAGAGAGAUUCGGGACUGGAGGAUGGACGAGAGUCACCUUCUUUUGAUACCCCAUCACAGCGGGUACAGUUUAUUCUUGGAACUGAGGAUGACGACGAGGAGCACAUUCCUCAUGACCUUUUCACAGAACUGGAUGAAAUCUGCUGGCGCGAAGGGGAAGAUGCCGAGUGGCGAGAAACAGCUAGGUGGUUGAAGUUUGAAGAAGAUGUGGAAGAUGGAGGAGAAAGGUGGAGUAAGCCCUAUGUGGCUACACUUUCAUUACACAGCUUGUUUGAGUUGAGAAGCUGUGUUCUGAAUGGGACUGUGCUACUGGACAUGCACGCCAAUACUUUAGAAGAAAUUGCAGGUGAGUCUUUUGUUACCUUAGUCUACUUAAUUCUGAUGAGUUCAGCUGAUUUUUAUUGUUUGUUUCCUGACCAUGUCAUAUAUGUGUGA